UAUAGAUCAGAAUAUCUCUCCAUAUCUCUAAUGGCUCUCUUCACUCUCUUGACUUUCUUCACUUUUCACUUCGGACUCAGUCUUAGAGGUCAAAUUGAAUGCUCCAUGUUCGUGGUCAUGGGACUCAGUCUUAGUUCUCUACUUGCCUUUCUCAAACUCUCACAGUCUCAAUCCUCAAACCAAUUCUCCAAAUCCAAAUCCUAGCCGCCUCUAAUGCCAUAGCCCACUCCCCUCUCCGCCUCCAAUGCCUAGCUGCCGCCACCGCUGUCCACUCCUCUCUCCAUAGCUACUGCCGGUGUCAUCAAACACGAAGGAGAGAAGAAAAAUAGUCCAUCCAUUGCCACCUCUUCACUGCCGCUCAAUCAGUACCACCUCUUUUCUGUUGCCUCUUGAAGAUUAGCCAACUUAGAUCGGUUUUAGAUUUGUUGUUCUAAUUAAAUUUGUCUUUUUCCAUGUUCUUGAUCCAUUGUUGUUGUUGUUGUUCUGAUUUUAGAUUUGUUGUUCUAAUUAAAUUUUUUCUAAUUUUAGAUUGUGUUACCAUUACACUUGAGAGAGAGAAAUGAGUUCGGUUGAGAAGGGAGAGAGUGAAGAAAGAGGAAAGGAGCUGUUUUUUUGGGUUUGCUCUCCCAAAAAUGACUUUGUACUCAAUUGUUUGUACUCGAGAUGCUCUUAGUAUUUUUUUUUUCAAUAUCUAAUUUAUGUUUUAUAUUUUAUUUUUAAUGGGUUUUGUAUAUGGUUAUAGGAUCUUUGAAUAAGCUUUCAGAUAUUUCCUAAAAUAUUUCCUACUUUGAUUUUUAUUUAUUUUUUAUUUUUCUCUUUGCUACUUCACAUAAUUUUUUCACUCUUUGCCGCUACUUUCUACUAAAAUUUCCCGCACAAAUUCUACUAUAUAUUUCUUGUUUUUUGCUACACCUCCAGUUCAUCACAGAGAGGCUAGAGAAUGAAACCAAAGACAAGGGUGCCAAAUUUGCUCAAUCUUUUACAGCUUUAGGUGAUCCAUCAGUCAAAGUAGGUAUGCAUGGCAAGGAAAGGUAAGAGGAAAGGUAAAGGCAUUAGUGAGUCUCAAGACUCUCAACUACAAGAAACUCAGUCAACUAGGCCUUCCUUUGAUCAUAAUGAAGUUUCUGAGUAAGAGCUCUCACAAAUUCUACGUCCAUCAUCUGAGCCUCAAAUUGAUGAAGGAGCACAUUAGGCCUCUAAUUCCAUUAUAAUAGGUACUAAUGCUGGAAAAAAGAGGGGUUGAAGAAAGGCUAAAGGCAUCAAUGCCGAAGAUGGUGAAAUAGAGGUUGAGAUUUAUGAUGGCAAAAUUAUUACAUCAAAAGCCACUCAAGAGAUUACCAUUCUUUUUCACCAAAAACUUAAUGGAGCUUGGACAACUUUUAUAGAAAACUCAAAUUCUGAGCUAGACACUUUAUAUGCUCGAUAUAGAGCUCAACUCUUUAAGCAUAAGCAACCUAAUGAGGAAGACAAGAAUUAUAGAAUCAGUGAAACACCGCUAUUCUGAUUGGAUGUUUCACAUUAGAAAUCCUAUUUUUCAUAUGUAUGAAGCAAAAGAAGAUCGUUACAAGAAUGGUCCUUCCUUCAUUCCUACACCUUUUUGGAAAGAGAUGGUGGAUAAAUGGAUGGAGGGAGAUUGGGGGGAGACAAGUUCGACAAAUAAGGAAAACAAAAAUAAGUUUAAAAUUUUCUCCAUUACAAGUUCUGUACCAAUGGCCAAGUACAGAUAUGAAAUGUAUCUUGAGACGGGCUCUGAGCCUAGCCCUAUUGAUUGCUUUAAGAAAUUUCACACAAAGAAGGAUGGCAAAGAAUGGGCAACUGAUCAUGCUAAGACAUUAUAUGAAAAAAUGGAUGCCAUAAAGGCCAAAGCUGUUUUUGAAGGUACUAAGACAAAUGAUUAUCAGAUCUUUCAUGAAGUGGUUGGUGAACCAAGUCGUGGUCGUGUUCUUGGCAUGGGAAUAGGUAUUAAGGCUAAGGAUGUGUAUGGCUUAACUUCAUCUGGUAAAGGUUGUAGCAAAUGUUGCAGAGAAGAUUUUACAAAAGAAAAAGAAGAUUUGGAGGCACGUCUUAGAGAGGAAAUGGAUUCCAAACUUGCAAAAAUUGUGAAGAAGCUUGAGGAGAAGUUUGCACAAAAGUUGCAGUCAAUGGGCAUACCACAACAAUCUAACAUAGAUCCAACUACCAUAGUACAAUCUCAAACUUAUGCUUUUGCCUCUUGGAUCUUCUACAACUUUCUAUUGGUUUGUUGUGGUUUACAGCUUGCAUCUAUUAUUAUAUUAUAUUAUUUUAUAUUUAGUUUUGAUAAAUGAUAAUAGGACUAUGACACUAUCUACUAUUUUGACAACUGUGUAUAGGUUUUGUAUUUAAUUUUGUAUAUAAUAUGCGUUUUGUGGUUUAUGUUUUUCACAAUUGUUAUAUUAUUUUAAUUUAUAUUUAAUUUUGAUA